AUGUUUCGCACUCCUCGCCACAAAACAGACAUCUCUGUUGCAGACAUCUCCCAAUCGUUGGAGAAUGUGUCUUUUCAGUCCAAUAUGAUGGACAUCGACAACUCCUAUCGGCUGACUCCUAGGAAGCAGCCCUUUGACAAAGAAAAUAUCACGCCGCUGAACUCGCCAACAAAGCUGGUACUUCACAGCUCCCCCUACCAGAAGAAAACCCAGCCUUUGACUCCACAGGCUCAGAAUUUGAAGCUCCACAAUAACAUCUCGCAGCUCCAGCCUCCCAACUCGUACUUGCCUCCUGAUUUCUACACCAAGGCUAACUCCAGCAAAACAAAACGUCUCACUUCUGUGGCUCAGCUUUAUUUCCUCGACUACUACUGUGACAUGUUUGACUAUGUGAUUCUGAGACAGGAAAGAAGCAGAAUGGUGGAAGCCCGCUUGCUGAGUGAUCCAAUGUAUACUUCCAACCCUGGCAGACAGCAGUUGGAGUGGAAGAACUAUGUGGGACGUGAAAGAGCGUUGUUGAGAAAGAGAAGACUCAAGCCGAAGCACAAGGACUUUGAGAUGAUCACCCAGGUUGGUCAAGGUGGUUACGGUCAGGUGUUCUUGGCUAGAAAGAAAGACACUCGUGAAAUGUGUGCGUUGAAGAUCUUGAACAAGAAGUUGUUGAUGAAACUCGAUGAAACUAGACAUGUCUUAACCGAGAGAGACAUUUUGACCAAUACUCGUUCCGAAUGGUUGGUCAAGUUGUUGUAUGCUUUCCAAGAUUCCCAGAAGGUGUACUUGGCCAUGGAAUUUGUCCCAGGAGGAGACUUCAGAACCUUACUUAACAACACUGGUUACCUUAUUCCUCCUCAUGCCAGAUUUUAUGUGGCUGAAAUGUUUGCUGCUGUCAACUCUUUGCACGACUUAGGAUAUACGCAUCGUGAUUUAAAGCCAGAAAACUUUUUGAUCGAUUCUAAGGGUCACAUUAAACUUACGGAUUUUGGUUUAGCUGCUGGAACUGUAUCAAACGACAGAAUUGAGUCCAUGAGAAUCAAGUUGGCUAACUUGCAAGACUUGGAUAACUAUGAAGUUCCUUCUAAACUCAUGUAUGAGCGUCAAAGGAUUUUCAAGCAAUCACAAGGUCACCACAACUUGGCCAACUCUAUUGUGGGAUCUCCUGACUAUAUGGCACUCGAGGUCUUGGAGGGUAAGAGUUAUGAUUUCACCAUCGACUACUGGUCUCUUGGAUGUAUGCUCUUUGAGGCACUUUGUGGUUAUCCACCAUUCAGUGGUUCCAAGCAAGACGAAACUUACUACAACUUAAAGAAUUGGAAGACAGCUCUCAGAAGACCUCAAACAAGAGACGGUCGUUAUGUUUUCAGUGAUCGCACAUGGUUGUUGAUCACCAAAUUGAUUGCUUCGCCAUCUUCAAGAUUACGAAACUUCAAACAAGUAAUGGCCCAGUCAUACUUCAAUGACAUUGGAAAUUGGGACAGUUUAAGAACAAAGACACCUCCGUUUACUCCUCAGUUGGAUAACGAAGAAGACGCUGGCUAUUUUGAUGAUUUUGAAGAUGAAGAGAGCAUGAUGAAGUAUAAGGAUGUGUUUGCUAGACAAGAGCAGAAUGAAUCACUCCUAGAAAACUCACAUCUCACUGGUAAAAACUUAGCAAACAACAACUUCAUUGGCUUCACCUUCAAGCAUAAAUCAAACCCGAAUAACAAGUUCCAAAACGGAGAGGUAAACCUUCUAGGUGGGCCCUCUAACUUCAAUGCGAAAUCACCAUUUGGAGGAAAUAGGUUGGAUCCUUUGGCGACACUUUACUAG